UUUUUACAGUCCCCAAACUCGCGCUCUCCAUUGGGAUGCACAAAGGACCAGUUGACCACGGUUCUUUCGUACCAUCAAGUAAUGCCAACCUUCUCCGACCUAAUAAUGGCUUUUAAGCCACGUUCAAGGCCUGUCACUCAUGCCAUAUUCAGACAUGAAAGCUAUCUGCAGCAAGACAGCCCCCAGUUCGCUCUUCCUGAAUAUGGAAGAAGUGGUGUGCAAAUCCAAAUCGCCUUCAAUCUGUUAUCUGUGGAACGAACGGACGUACCUAAUGAGCGAAACCAGUGGCCGCUCCGCCAAGCGGCAGUGUAUCACUCCUUUGAUGUUGUCGACGGUCAAACAAUAUUUAUGGUACUCAAAGCAGACACCAACAUACUAAAACGAAUGGCUCAAGAGGCCUUGAGGAACCGCGAUAUGCAUCCGACCGCACUGCAUGUUCCAGAGAAGUCAUUCACUGCGACACUACUAACGCAUCUCAUCAUGGUAGAAUGGUGCACUGAGAAUUGGUCCGAAUACAUUGACGACUUCGAGCAGAAGGUAAGAGAGAAAUCGCUUGAAGGGAAAAUGGCUCCCAUCUCGGCUGCCACUAGUCCUAUGGCAAUUGAGACGAACAUAUCACGGAGGAGUAUAGCAACAUCUCCAGUGGCUUCACGUAUGAGUACAUUCGCAACAAGGAGUAACACCUGGAGUCGAGACUCUGCGACAGGUACAAAACAACCACCUCCGCAGUUGACCGCCACUAUACCAGAGACAGAGGGAGCAGUGUUUGACUCACAGGCUGCAAGCCCGGCCACACCUAUCGCUCCCAUAAGACGACGAACUUCAAGUCUUCGCCAAUCUGUCGCCGAUCUUUUUUCUAAGGUCUCAACUCAGCGAAGCAAAAGCUCUGAAAAUGUUGACAUUGAAAUGGCCCCUCGAGGAAGUCAAGAGAACAACUGGCUUGGCUUCGACCUUGACGAAAGUCUGUCAUUCGAAGAGUUCCAAAGAAUGAACCGCUGGAGUGAGGAGCUCGAGCAAUCAUCAACCGCCAUUGAACAGAAUAAGGGUGUUCUCAGAGAGCUUGGGGACCACUAUCGUGAAGUUCAGGAAUCUCACGGUUUCACUCAGAACAUCAAGACACAGGACGUCUCAAGCAGCUUAGCAAGGUUUUUGACGAAAAUCAAUGGGGCUAUACGAGAUCUCAAUGUCAAUCAAGAUCGAUUGCGAGCCGUUGCGCGCAUGCUAGAUAAUGACAAGGCCCUGUACGGCGCGGCUUUGCAAUACCAAAGCGCCAAAGUAUCCGAGCACUUCGCAUACACGGCAAGAGAAUCUGCAGACAGAAUGGAGGAUUGGACGAUACAAAUGCACGAGGUCGCGAUCAAGACCGAACAUGAGACAGUUUCAAUGCACGUCAUCACAAUAUUCACGCUCAUUUUCCUUCCAGGAACCUUUGUUGCAACCUUCUUUAGCAGCGGGGCCAUCCAGUGGGAUGACGAUGGAACGCUUGGCACCGACUAUAUAGCCCGCCCGGGCGGCAUGAAGCUUUUCUUUGUCACCAUGUUGCCCUUGACAAUUGUGAUUAUGGUCAUCUGGGCGUUGAUCUACUGGUUCGCACGACGACAAAGGAAAGCUAGAAAAGACGAUAUAUUGCCUAGGGCAAAACAAAAUGAGAUGCCAUUGGCUUGGCCAUCGGCAAUGUGCAGGCAGGCUCAAGCGCGUUCGCCGCGGACGCGCCCUAUCAGGAUGGCGGAAGACACGAAUCACCAACCCAGCCACGACUUUCAUAAUUGGGUGAGAGACACACGAGUGAACUACGAAGGUCGGGAUCUUCUUGAAAACACACUACAAUAUAUUCCGCUUCACGAGCUGGAAGACUACUGGGGCGCAGGGAAGAUUGUAGCUAUCUUGCGAUCAUACGAUAAGCCGCUGCCCUUCGAUUUCAAAAGUAUUCAGUCGGAUUACCUGCGGAUAUUCUCCACCUUAGUCUAUACAGGGACCACAAGACAGCUCCUAGGCUUGGUCUUGAGCUUCAAUCUGGACGAUACCCAAUGGCCCCGAGUUGAUCAUCCCAACAAUUGGCCGCGAUACGACGAUUGCUCCCGUGCUUUCGAGGCCGUCAAGAAGGCGCAAUGGACCUUCUUCCCGUACCACUUCAGGGCCAGCCGGCUGAAUGAUAGUCAAAUUGACCCAAACUGCAUCCUCCCCAUCAGUUAUCUGGAGACUAUCACUCAAGAAAAUAGUUCUGCUAUUCAUAAGAUCAAGAUACUUGAUACAUACAAUGACUUGGUCCCUUCAUUCAAGGAGCGAUAUUUUGCUCUCAAGGACUACGAUCUCAAACAAUCUGGCAACCGCUACUCCACUGAGAUGGAGGCCUUGAACAUGCUUCGCAUGAGCCCAUCGGAGAAUUUGGUCACUUUCUACGGUUCCUUCAGAAAAGACGGCCACGGAUUUCUCAUACUGGAGUAUGCCGAUGCGGGGGACCUGUCGGAUUUCUUCACCGAAAACUUCCCGCCAUCCAGUGCUAUGGAUAUAAGCUUCUUCUGGGCGAGCUUGCUGAAAGCUUUGUCGGGGCUCGAUAGGAUACACCAAUUGAUGAGUGUUGAUAGCAACAUGAAGAGCAUCAUACAAGGCAUCCAUCAAGACAUUAGACCGGCGAAUAUUCUUCUGUUCAAGGGUGCGUCCAGCUCGCCUUACGAUUUCUCGCCAAAAAUUGCAGACUUUGGCUUAUUCAGCCAUGCAAGGAAGACACGUAGCAACAGCAGUGAAGCCAAAGGCAACAACAAGUACGGCAACCAGAUUUUCGUUGGUGCCAUUCGCCGACGCAAAGCCAAAGGCUUGAGUCUCAUCACUCCAGGCGCCGAUAUAUUCUCCUUUGGCGCAGUAUUAAGCACAGCUGCUGCUUGGGUCAUCGGUGGCGCUUCACUUCAACACCAAUAUUUUGAAAAGCGAAAGAGCGCUCAUACCAAACUAAAGGAAUUUGCCGGGACUGAUUAUGAAGGAUGCUUUCAUGCAGGGUUGCAACAAUUCUCGGCUGUAAGGCAAAUGCAUGAUGAACUUAAGUCUCACUGCCACAUGCAUCGAGACCUGCUUACACCACAAAUUCUGGACAUUGUCGAAUGUCAUAUGCUACAGCCAGAGUCUUCAGGGCGCAAGCAAGCCAGUGUCCUGAUAGAUUUGUUCUCAAAUGUUGCAUCGAAUGAGCCAACCAGCCCAGUUACCACUAUAUCGAUACGACGCAGAUCGGCCCUGAUAAGCACUUUUACCGACGACGGUGCCAGCACACCGACAAGCAUCGAAAGCAUGAAACGAAUCAACACUUUCUUUGACGGAAAAGUUCUUGAUUCCACCGUUAAGGAUCUUGUCGACAAGAUUACAAGCAAUUUGCGCGAUCGAGAUCAAUUCUUCUUUAUCGACGACUCCACCAGUAUGCAAGCCUACAGUAGCAUAGUUCUCGAGGGCUUCCAAGCUCUCUCUUCCAUCGCCAAGCGCCUAGAUCCUAAUCGAGUUGAGCUCGCAUUCGCAUCAAGUGCGAAAUUUGUUUAUCGCGCCCGUGACACGAAGAAGCUGGUCAAAUUACUCAAGAAACACGAGUUUCGCCAUGAUCCCACAAUGAUGGAAAAGAGCCUUUCCGAGCUCAUUGAGCAUCAGAUCAUCAAGAAACUUCCCGUUCGGAAAAUGGGGUUUAACAUUAACCUCAUUUCCCGCAAGCGCGUCAGCGUUUACAUCUUCACUGACGGGAAUUGGGGCAACGAUCCAAAUGGCGCGUGCAGAGUCGAGCGCCCGGUCAAAGAUCUCAUCGACGAAGUCCAGCGUCGAAAACUCAGCCGACACCAAGUCACCCUGCAUUUCGUGCGCUUUGGUGACAGCGCACAGGGUAGCCGACAUCUGGAUUUCUUGGAUCGAUUUGGAGAGGAGUUUGAUUGCGAUAUUGUUGAUGUAAAGCACAUUUCAAGUGAUGUUGUCUCGAUUUUCAAGGGACCACUUUCGCACCAGAAUGACAGGCUAGAGGAGGUGAAUUUAAAAUGGAGGAAAUGA